AUGGCUGAAAAGGAUAGUCAAUCGUCGAAACGGAUUAACCAUACUUGGACAAUCGAAGAAGACAGGAUCCUUGUGGAAUGCCUUGUUGACUCUGGUUUACAUUGGAAAGGUGACAAUGGUUUCAAGGCUGGCUUCCCUAAUCACUUAGAGAAGCUGAUGGCUGAGAAAAUUCCUGGAUGCACAUUGAAGGGCACACCCCAUAUUACUUCUAGGAUCAAGCUGCUUAAAAGGCAUUACAAUGCCAUUGCUGAAAUGAUGGGGCCGAAUGGAGGAGGUGGUUUUGGGUGGAAUAAUAGGGACAAAAUGAUUGAUGUGGAGAAGAACAUUUUCAUGGACUGGGUUAAGCAUCAUCCAAAUGCAAAUGGUCUUUACAAAAAACCCUUCCCACACUAUGAUGCUUUAGGACCAAUUUUUGGGAAGGACAUGGCUAAUGGAGAGCAUGCUGAGGGUCCAGAGGAUGCUUGGGAUUGCUAUGGAUGA